AUGACUUCUCUGACUAAUGCCGUGUUCAGACGAUACUUGGCAGUGACGCCUAGCGCUCAGCAGGCUGUUAAAACGAGAAUUAAGAAAAAGUUGUCGUCUUUCGAUAAGAUUUUCUCACAGCAGAGCAAUACAAGAAAAAAACCAUGGGAAACAUUGAAUGAGGACAAAGCAUCGUGGUUCAAAAGGAAAUACGCUCACGUGCAUGCCAGGGAACAGAACCCUGCAGCGGACCCAUAUGGCAGGAAAAAGGCCCACGUCGAGAAGUUAAAGGAGAUUAAGAGUCAGGCGAAAUUAGAUCAAAAGAGGCAUAAAUCUAAGUUUCAAAACAAGAACACAGUGCAGAAACUUGUGAAGGACAACCCCAUAUUUGAGUAUGUCUACGGCACGAACAGCGUUUAUGCAGCGUUGCUCAACCCGGGAAGAAGGUUCCAUUCUCGACUACUGUACUAUGGUUCUGUUCCCAGUAAAAUUCUUCAGAGAGUCGAUGAACUGAAGAUUCCGACAGAGCCGGUGGACAAACACAGAUUAAACUUGUUAACAAAUUACGGGGUGCACAAUAACAUCGCUCUCGAAACGAAACCCUUGCAGCCUGCGGAGAUUGCAUACUUAGGCGACAUGGACACCAGUUCAGCGGCACUGACCGUUCACGAGCUGGGUUUCAAUAAUGAACAUAUUCCGCAUGAACUGCUUUAUGGUAUAAAAGCAAACUCUAAGAACUUUCCACUGGGGUUGUAUCUGGAUGAGGUCACUGACCCGCACAACAUUGGUGCCAUUAUUAGAAGCGCGUACUUCCUGGGGGUAGACUUCAUUGUAAUGUCAAGAAAAAACUGCUCUCCCUUGACGCCGGUAGUGUCCAAGACAAGUAGCGGAGCCCUCGAACUUCUGCCCAUAUUUUACGUCGAUAAACCGUUGGAGUUUUUCACUAAAUCACAAGAAAUGGGUGGCUGGACCUUUAUUACAAGCCACUUAGCUGAUGCUACCGCAGAGAAGUACACGGCCGGUAAAACUCUCAGUGUGCGCGAUUUGAAUGGGAUGUGUACUGAGCUACCAGUUGUAUUAGUGGUGGGAAACGAAAGCCAGGGCGUAAGAACGAAUCUGAAGAUGAGGAGUGACUUCUUUGUCGAAAUCCACUUUGGUGGCUCGGAGAAUGGCAAUCGGGCUCCAGAACCCAUUGUUGACUCGCUAAAUGUAAGCGUGGCUACAGCAUUGUUAAUAGAUAACAUUCUGACUUGUAAAUAA